AUGACGAUGGAAGAGACCACCAUCCUAAGAUGCCUUGACAAUUCCGUAUCAGAUUAUGAGGACAUCAAAGACAGUCACUCAGGCCGUCGGGUUGGGGAGACUUGCUUGUGGUUUCUGAAUGAUGAAACUUACAAAACAUGGUUCAAUCAAGGUACACAAAGUGUUCUGUUAUUUUCCGCCGGACCAGGUAGCGGAAAAUCCGUAUUGGCAGCUUUUUUGGUCGAUGAGCUGAAGAGGCAUUCUCGGUCCGGUGCGGACUACACAGUCUGCUACUUCUUCUUCCAAGACAGCAACUACAAAUCGAAGACUGUGACGUCCGCUCUUUGUGCGCUACUCCUCCAGCUUUUUGAUGAAGAGCCUGGUCUUCUUGCUCAUGCCGUGAAGCAAUACCAAAUCAAAGGUCAGAAGUUUGUGGAAGAAUUUAAUGCCUUGCGCAAAAUAUUUGCCCUAGCGGUACAAUAUCAUCCCCGUAACAAGGUCAUUUGUGUCAUCGACGGCCUGGACGAGUGUGAAGAGACGGACAGAGACUUGCUGAUUGAUUACUUGGUGGGCGGCAUUGAGUCAGGACUCUUCCAAUACAUGGACACGCACUGUCGGAACAAGUUGAAAUUCUUUGUCACCAGCCGUUCGUCAGAUACUGCUGCAGUCGACAAAGAAAUAGCCCUCGUUGUCGAAUCUGAAGUUAGCGAACUGGGUUCGCGAAUGAACCUUAGCGUUAACCUUCAAAACACAUUGAAAGAGCGCUUUAUAUCCAACGCUGGUCACACUUUUCUUUGGGUGUCUCUCACCCUGGAUCAGUUCAGAAUAAGGAAGGACUUCACGGGCUCAGAGAGACAAUGCUGGGCUAUUCUCGAUGACCUUCCCGCGGAUUUGGACGCAGCUUACGAAAUGAUAUUGCAGCGAAGCACCAACCGCAGAUUAGCGCGGAUAAUCCUUCAUAUCGUUAUUGCCGCUGCUAGACCCCUCGCACUCGCUGAGAUAGGCAUUGCGCUGGCAAUUGAUAAACAGUCCAAAUCAACCGAGGACCUGCUAUCUAGCCGCCUUCCUUCUAUCGAAAGCUCCAUUCAGGACAUUUGUGGUGGAUUUGUCAAGAUUGUAGGCAGCCAGCCAAACCAGAAGAUUGACCUUGUUCAUCAAACAGCAAGAGAAUUCUUAAUUGCACCCCCCUCCAAUUCUAUGCCUCGUGGCAAGGGACUUUUGGCACUCACCAUCUGGGCGAUAUGCUCUGUUUGUUUCCCAACCAUAUAUAGCCUCCUUGCUAAAUUCCUGGGGCUUUGGAAGCACUCACUCGAUCCCGUCGAAGCAAAUCGGGUGCUUGCAGAAAUCUGUGUCAUAUAUCUCUUUUUUGAGGAGUUCGGCAGCUGCCCCUUGGUAAUGGACCGCCAGGCCAAGGCGCUCGAUGUCCGGGGAACUGUUGAUCGGUAUGUACAGGAAUAUGAAUUUCUUGACUACGCCGCAACACACUGGGCUGAGCACUUCCGGGAGGCUCAAAAUGGCGCUGGAACGGCGCUGAUGGAGUCAGCACUCGAGCUUUGUGAUACCAAGUCCAAGAGAUUCCAGACAUGGUUCAUGGUAUACUGGGCUGUACUGGACUCGCUGUGGCCAUAUCCCGAGAACCUUACCAAUUUGAUGGUGGGGUCGUUUUGUGGACACAAGACAUUAGUCCAGAUGAUUUUGGAAAACGAGGGAGCAGACGUCGCCGCGAAAGACGGAAGUGGAAAAACUGCGCUGAUUUGGGCCGUCGAAAAGGGACACAAAGACGUGGCGCAGGUGUUGAUAACGAAUGGGGCAGAUGUCAAUGCAAAAGACAUGAAUGAAUGGACUGCUCUACACACAGCGGUUGCAAAUGGAUAUGGAGAAUUGGCUGAGCUGCUGCGAGCGAAUCAUGCCAAUGUCACUGCUGUCACACAACGCGGACAUUCUGCGCUCCACUUCGCAGCGCGGGACGGACAUCAUGAUAUAGUGGGGCUUCUGCUGGGAUACGGAAUUGGUGUUGAUAUGAGGUCCGCAGUUGGGGAGAUCGGGAGAUAUACGGCGUUGCAUUUAGCAGCUAUGAAUGGGCACAAGGAAGUGGCCCGUCUUUUACUGGAGAAGGGGGCUGAUGCCAAUGCGAAAACUGGGCUCAUUGGAGAAAACUUGGCGGAAUAUGCCCCUCUACACUUUGCAGUCAUAGAGGGACACACAGAAGUGACCAAGCUGCUGCUGGACAACAGGGCCCAGCUCGCCGCAAGGGAUACACUGGGCGAGACUCCACUGCACAAGCUGGCUAGCACUGGCCAUGAGCAAGUCGUCGACCUACUACUACGAAAAGCGAACCGUACCGAUAUCGAAGCAAAGACUAAGAACGGAGAGACGCCUCUGCACAAGGCAGUGAGGAACAAGAAGCAUGAGGCCGUUGUGUGCCUAUUGCUAAACGAAAAUGCCAGUAUUGCAGCAAAGGAUAAGAAUGGGGCUCUACCAUUACACUACGCAGCAGCCAGUGGCCACGAAGUUGCAGUACGGCAACUGAUCAACCUAGGGGCUGAACUUACGGCGCAGGAUGAUGAGGGAAAGAGUGCCCUGCACUAUGCGGCCCGAUGUCAUAACGACAUGGGUGCACGGUUGCUAAUAGAGAAGAAUGUCGAUAUUGCGGCACAGGAUGCUGAGGGAAGGACAGUGUUGCACGAUGCAGCCAUUAAUGGUAAUGAGGAUCUAGUAGCUUUGCUACUUUCAGAGGGGGCCAAUCCUUGCGUACAGGAUAAGAACGGCAAGACGGCACUCCACUACGCGGUCGCCAAUGGACGUGAGGCUGUCGUCAAGCUACUCCUCGCGAACCAUAAUGUCGACCCGAACUCCAGAGACAAAGACGGUCGUACACCGCUUUCAUGGGCAUUCCCGAAUCACCAUCGGACUGAGAAUGUUGUUAAACUGAUGCUGGGCGAUGAGCGUAUCAGUCCAGACUCCAGAGAUAAGAAUGGUCGAACACCGCUGUCAUGGGCAAUCCAACACUGGUAUGCGGAUGAUUCUGGGGUUGACCUACUACUUAAAAGCAGUCGUGUCGACCCAGACUCCAGAGAUAAGGAUGGCCGAACGCCGCUCUCAUGGGCAACUGGGAAUGAUAAAUACAAGGUUGUGGAUGUUCUGCUCGACACCUACCGGGUUCAACCAGACUCGCCAGAUAAUAACGGACGAACGCCACUCUCAUGGGCCGCUGGGAAUGAUAAUGCCAACGUUGUGGAGCUUCUGCUUCGCACCCGCCGGGUUCAACCAGACUCGCCAGAUAAGAACGGACGAACGCCACUCUCAUGGGCAGCUGGGAAUGAGAAUCUCGGUGUUGUGGAUCUUCUGCUCGGCACCCGCCGGGUUCAACCAGCCUCGCCAGAUAAGAACGGUCGAACACCACUCUCAUGGGCAGCUGGAAAUGGCUGCUACUAUGUUACCAAGGCUUUGCUAGCCAUCAGUCACGUCACACCGGACGCCGCUGAUAAAGACGGUCGAACGCCGAUUUCAUGGGCAACGGAGAAAGGUCAUGACGAAGUUGUGAAUCUUCUUAUUGGCACAAUUUUGGAGGCAAGAAUAUUGCUUGGAUCGAUCUAG